UAUCAGAACCAGUAUCAGAAGCUGAUACAACUUCAUCAAGAAAACCAUCUCCUUUAUGGAAUUAUUUUAAAUUUUCAUCUGAAGAACCUAAUAGACCAACUUGUUCUAAAUGUGGUUUUAAGUUUUCAAGUAAAACCAGAAAUUCUAGUUUAGAAAAGCAUUUAAAUACUCAACAUAAUAUAAAAAUUGAAAAAAUUAAAACUCAAAAAUCGAGGUUACCAUUUUUUAAUAAUAAUCCAGAAGUAUUUGAUCAAUAUUCAGCAUCUGAUAAAUUAACUCAUGUUUCUCCUAAUAUAGUAAAAGAUGAUAUCAUUACGACGCGCAAUUACUUUCAUGGGCUUAAACAAUGUCAUGAAUCAA